AUGGGAAACAAAAACGAUGUGAGCAAUUAUCGUGGCAUCACCUCGCUCUGUGCUGUUGCCAAACUGCUCGAGCUUGUCAUGAGCACUGACCAACAUGGAUUCACAGCCGGUCGCUCCAUCGACACUAAUUUGCUUUGCCUCAAUUUGUACAUCAGUGACAGUAUGGUAAAACGUGCUCAGACGGUUGUCAUUUACGCUGACUUGACAGCUGCUUUCAAUAAACUGAACCAUCGCUUAGCCAUUGCAAAACUUGACAAUCUUGGAAUCAACGGGAAUCUUUUACUAUGGUUUCAAUCGUAUCUUACCGUUCGCCGUCUAACCGUUGCUAUUAGGGAUUGCCAAUCCCUACGUCUGGAAUAUCGCAGGGAAGUCACUUAG